CAUAAAAAUUACCUCGUUGGUCUUGUUUUGUUGUUUUCCUUUUUUCUCGUAUAUUCUUGUGCUUCGCAGUUCGCACUCUGAAACUCAGAAUCAAUCAUCACCGAAACAUGGCGGCGUGGACUGCUGUGGCUCGACAAGCCACCAAUAUGGGUCGGCUCUCUGCACCAAAAGCGGUUUCCCUCGUUCAUCGGCGUGGCAUGGCUGGCGGUGGUGAUCCUCAUGGACCUCCAAAGGUGAACUUUUGGCAGGACCCGAUGAGUCCAUCUAAGUGGAAAGAAGAACAUUUUGUGAUUGUUUCGUUGACGGGAUGGGGUGUACUCUUCUAUAGUGGUUACAAGUUCUUCACUAGAGGCAAGGACAAGAAGGAAGAGAACGUUGUAGCAUCAGACAAGGCUUGAGGUUGUUAUCAGUUAUAACAUCUUCCAAUAAGCUGCCCUACUUGAUUUUAGGUCACCGGGUUUUGAUUUUUAUCUUUGUAAUGAGACAUGCCAGUUCUGGUUAGUUUUAGUGGCUUUUGCAUGACUCCUAAAGCAAUGGUUUAGGAAUAAUUUUACACCUUUUGGAAUUCUACGACUGCUAUGGUAUUUUCAUACUUAUGCAUAUCAUCAUCUCUGGUAAUAUUUCAGCAUUUUGUGGGAUACAAGCCUGCCUUCUAAUAAAUUAAACCAUUUUGUGA